AUGGCCGAACGCUACAUCCCAGAGCACCGUCGCACCCAGUUCAAGGCUAGAAACCAGUUCCGGCCUGAUGAGCUUCGUCGUCGUCGUGAGGAACAACAAGUUGAGAUCCGCAAGCAGAAGAGAGAGGAGAACUUGGCCAAGAGAAGAGGUAUUCAGACCCGGGAUGGUGGGAUUGGUGUAGGAGGGGGCAUGGCCGCCCCUGAGAGUGAUGAUGAGGCCAGUGCUAUUGAGAGCGAGCUCAAUGUCGAACUCCCGGAGAUGGUCAAGGGUGUUUUCUCCGACCAGAUUGAGUCCCAGAUCCAAGCUACCACCAAGUUCAGAAAGCUGCUCUCCAAGGAGCGCAACCCUCCCAUUGAGCGCGUUAUCGAGACUGGUGUUGUGGCCCGGUUUGUGGAGUUCCUGCGCUCUCCCCACACUCUUGUGCAGUUUGAGGCCGCUUGGGCCUUGACCAACAUUGCCUCUGGUUCCGCACAGCAGACACAGGUCGUCAUCGAAGCCGGUGCCGUGCCCAUUUUCGUUGAGCUUCUCAGCAGCCCCGAACCCGAUGUUCGGGAACAGGCUGUCUGGGCCCUUGGAAACAUCGCCGGUGAUAGCCCCCAGUGCCGCGACUUUGUGCUCAAUGCGGGUGCCCUGCGUCCCCUGCUCAACCUCAUCAACGAUGGCCGGAAAUUGAGCAUGCUGAGAAACGCCACAUGGACUCUGAGCAAUUUCUGCCGUGGAAAGACACCUCAGCCCGAUUGGAACACGAUCGCCCCUGCCCUUCCUGUGCUUGCCAAGCUCAUUUACAUGCUCGAUGACGAGGUCCUGAUCGAUGCUUGCUGGGCCAUCUCCUACUUGUCCGACGGCUCAAAUGAUAAGAUUCAGGCUGUCAUUGAGGCUGGCAUCCCUCGCCGUCUGGUAGAGCUGCUGAUGCACGCCUCCACUUCUGUCCAGACACCUGCCCUGCGCUCCGUCGGAAACAUCGUCACUGGUGACGAUGUCCAGACCCAGGUGAUCAUCAACUGCGGUGCUCUUCCUGCUCUUCUCUCUCUCUUGAGCUCCACCAAGGACGGUAUUCGCAAGGAAGCCUGCUGGACCAUCUCCAACGUCACUGCCGGUAACUCGAGUCAGAUCCAGUCCGUGGUCGAUGCCGGCAUCAUCCCUCCUCUGAUCAACCUGCUUGCCAACGGCGACUUCAAGACCCGCAAGGAAGCUUGCUGGGCUAUCUCUAACGCUACCUCGGGUGGUCUGCAGAAGCCCGAGCAGAUUCGCUACCUUGUGUCUCAGGGAUGCAUCAAGCCUCUUUGCGACCUGCUUGCCUGCCCCGACAACAAGAUCAUCCAGGUCGCUCUGGAUGGCUUGGAGAACAUCCUUAAGGUCGGCGAGAUGGACAAGGAGACUGCUCAGACUGGCGAGGCUCGUGUCAACCGUUAUGCCUUGUUCAUCGAAGAGGCUGGUGGUAUGGAGAAGAUCCACGACUGCCAGAACAACGCCAAUGAGGAGAUCUACAUGAAGGCGUACAACAUCAUCGAGAAGUACUUCUCUGAUGAAGAGGAGGCCGGUGGUGACAUUGACGAAGUCGCCCCCCAGCAGACCCAAACCGGUUUCGCCUUGGGUACCAACCAGCAGCAGCCCGGUGGAUUCAACUUUGCCAACGGCGGCGAUUCCAUGGACAUGUAA